AUGAGGUCGUUCCUCCCGCUGCUCUCGCUGGGCGCCGUUGCUCAAGCGCUCCACUUCUUCAUCGACGGCACCACCCCCAAGUGCUUCUACGAGGAAUUGCCCAAGGACACUCUUGUGGUUGGCCACUACACGGCAGAGGAAUGGGACGACCAGAGGCAUUCGUGGCAGAAGCACGAUGGCAUCAACAUCUUCAUUUCUGUAGAUGAACUCUUCGACAACGACCACCGCGUCGUCUCCCAGCGUGGCGGCCCCGGCGGCAAGUUCACCUUCACCGCCGCCGAGGCGGGCGACCACCGCAUCUGCUUCACGCCCACGUCGACCUCAGGCCGGUCGAGCUGGAUGUCGGUUAGCAACCCGAACGGCGGGAUCAAGCUGACGCUGGACAUGGCUAUCGGCGAGUCGAGCGCGAUCGAGAGUGCCGACAAGGGCAAGCUGCAGGAUCUGGCGACGCGGGCCAAGGAUUUGAACAACCGGCUGCAGGAUAUCAGGAGGGAGCAGGUUUUCCAGAGAGAACGCGAAGCCGAAUUCCGUGAUCAAUCCGAAUCCACCAACUCUCGCAUCGUCCGCUGGGUCUUGAUCCAGCUCAUCGUCCUCGGCAUCACUUGCGCCUGGCAGCUCUCGCAUCUCCGCACCUUUUUCAUCAAGCAGAAGCUUACGUAAAGAGCUUCCACCACUUUACCCAAAUAUGGGUCAUAUGGGAGGGCUCAUUUGCAACAAAAGGUACACAGAUGUAAUAGUGCGAGCGGCAUAUGAGGGUCGGGGUUAUAAUAGGAUAUGGUCUAUCUUUCUUUUUUGCCUAGAUAGACAGGCUCCGGGCGUCAGGGAUGGGAUGAGGUUCACCCAUGCUAUGCCAAGCCAGAAAGGACAGGCUAUGAUCAAAGAGAGAAAAGAUGCUAUAGGCGGGUGGGUCGUCCUCAGCGACAGAGUGACGAGAAAGUCUAACGAAACGUUUUAAAAUGUACUACGCAUGCUUCUAUAUAGCAUGAGCUGUCAUGCCUUGAUGAUAUAUAAUACACAUACUUCAUACAACCAA